UUUGCGGUGGUGGUCAUAAAAAAAAAUAAAACAAAUUUUUGACAGGUGCCACUACUGAGGGAAAAAUGGCAAAAUGUUUAGGCUAUGGAUAUCUUCUAAUAUAUCUUAUUGUAAAUCUAGUGGCUGCAAAACGAGUAAAAGAUAUGAUUUACAUGAAUUUUGAAGGAGUUGCUGCUUGUUUCCGUAGACACAAUGGAACACAUCAAUUCGGAUGUUCUUCAAGUAGAACAGGAAGUGUUGGUGUUAUUCAUUUAAUUGAGGCAGAAAGUGAUAUCAGAUGGCUUGAACAUAAUAGCACUGCUGGACCUUACACAGUACUCCUUCCAUUCUCAAUGUUUACCAAGGAUAUGUUACACCGGUUAAAGGAUACAAAUAAUAUAAAUGGAGUUUUAUUAGCCAAAAAUAUCAGUCAAGCACGUCCGAAUUUUUAUUCUCCUGAAGACACUUGUCCCAACAGGUAUGCAGGAUAUAAAGGGUGCAGUGAUGCUUCACCUUGGAAUCCUUAUGGAUCCAAAUUACUUAUGGAAGAUUGGCCAUUUCCAAUGUUUUACACAGAGAAUCAAACAUUGAUAGAAGCUAUAAAAUCUUGCUUCUGGAAACAUAAUGCAUAUGAUCUAGAAGGUCAGUCCUAUAGAUCUUUAUGUACAUUGGAGAUGAAAUCAUUCAUGUUUGCAGCAAUUAAUUCUGAAUCUUGUAUUAAACGUGGUGAUUUUAAAUUGAACUUUCAUACAACACAUUUUUGUGACCCAUUGGGAGAUAGGAAUAUACAUUGGCCUUUGGGUCCCAUAAAUAAAGAUAAAAAUUCCAUAAUAUUAGUAACAGCCAGAUUAGAUGCUUCUUCUUUAUUUGAUGGAAUAUCACCUGGAGCAGGCAAUGUAGUUACAGGAUUGGUAACACUACUUGCCACUGCCUAUUAUUUGAAUACCUUAGCUAAAGAUACUGUAUUUAAUAAUACAAACGUUGUUUUCUCUUUACUAAACGGCGAAGCUUUCGACUAUAUCGGAUCUAGUAGAUUAAUUUAUGAUUUGAAGGAAGGUAAUUUCAAUGCAUUAGGUGGAGUAAAUUUAAAGCUUGAUGACAUUAAAAGUGUGAUCGAAUUUGGUCAGUUGAACAAAGGAAAGUUACAUCUUCAUUCUAAUAAUGGAAAGGAUAAUGAAAUAAUAAAUAAACUGAAAAAUGCGUUGAACGCAACAAUUUUGGAAGGUAGUGUCCCGCCUACAUCUAUACAAAGUUUCUUGAAAGAAAACCCAAAUUUAACUGCUGUUGUUAUAAGUGAUCACGGCGCACAGUUUGAAAAUAAAUAUUACAAUGGAAUUUUGGAUGAUACAGAAAGCCUUGAUUUUAACAGAAGCGACACAAAUGGGCUUUCAACUGCUUUAGCAAAAAUAGCAAUGUAUGUCGCCGAAAUUCUUUACGAAAAUAUAACUGGAAAUCGGCCUCCAUUCGUGAAUGACUCGUUUCAAACUGUCGAAUCUCACAUUUCUGAAAUGUUAAUAUGUUAUUUGGAAACUGCUAAAUGCAAUUUGUUCCGCGCUGCUUCGUCUCCAAACACCAAAUUAAUUAAUCAAGUUUUACCAUUAUAUGUCAGUGUACAUAGAGACCCAAAUACUGCCACAACACUAACUGGCCAACUUCUUGCGUUUCUGACUAGAAAGGAAGUGCCAAAUAUGAACGAAUCAGCAUGUUAUGAAAAUCACCUUAUUUGGAUGGCUGGCGAUAAUUUUACAGGCAUUUGUAUCAAUUCCACUGUAAAUUAUAGUACAGCUAUGAGUCCAGCAUUUUUAAUUGACGGAUACGACAUGAAAUCAAGGAUGUACUCUACGUGGACAGAAUCUAUAUGGGAAACGUUAAGUGUAAGAAUGUUCCUGAAACCUUCAGCAGCUACAGAAAGACUCUCAAUGAUUUUAGGUAGUUCUGUAGCUGUUGUAUCAUUCGUUCUUGUACGGUUCAUCAGUUCCCGAGCUGAUAUUUUAUUUAACUCAAGAAGAACAAGUUGCUAGGGGUACGCUGCGGACCACAUAUCAAUGACCAGGUUGGAUCAUCGUGAAGAUGAUGUUCCAGUAACUAGCCUUUGAAUGUAUGUGUGGUACGCCCUCGGACAAUUUUUUAUACCUCAAUAUUAAAAUAUAUUCCGAUGCCACCGACGUUUCAUUCCAACGUUAUCGCGAUGUUAUGAUGACUAUUUAAUCAAACUUUUGCACCUGUUAGUAUAAUAACGAGAAAUGAUUCGCGCGUUCGCUUAAAGUCACGUCCUAUUCGUUUGUCACGUCCCCUUUUCUGAUAUUAUCGAUAAUUACAUAUACUCCAAAACAUAUACAUUUUUUUAUAAAUGUGCAAUAUGUGUAUUCAAUGAAUAAUAGGGUGGAAUUUUUAAUUUUAUUUCCACAGAAAGCUGAUACUUACAGAGUAUUACGCCUGUAUUACGAGAAAAGCAGGGUAUGCUACCACUAGAA